AUGGGUUCAAGGCUUAAAGUGUACACUGUUUUUGUACUCUUACUACUACUUACAGUGUUUCCGCACUUUACAAAUGGCAUCACCCAACUGUCCUUCAAGUCGGUGCAUUCCCGUUACAACGCGCAUUAUUUCACGAACUUCACAAUCCAAAUUGUCAACGACACGAUUUACAAUGACUUCGAACUCAUUGAACGCCUGGACCCCGGUGUACGCUGUCGUUUGGAAUUUCAGCUGCGUAUUGCCAACUCCAACAUUUAUCAGUCACUCUUCGACUUUGAUAUCGAUGUUUGCAGCACGAUCAUUGCGUUGAAAGAUCACUUUCUCAAGAGUUGGUAUCGCAGUCUUUUGAAGUUCGGCAAUUUCAUGGAGAAUUGUCCCUUUCAUGCCGAUCAUUAUUAUUUGAAUGGUUGGUUAUUAGAGCCGGCUUUGUUUCCCAAAUACCUUUACCCUGGUGAUUACAAAAUGAUUGCAUUUAUUUAUAAUGGACAGUACAAAAAGAAAAAUAUGGAUUUUGUGAUGGAGGUGCAACUGGAGACGGUUGUGUCGUGA